AUGGACCAUUUAGAUUACAAUCCACAUCCACGUAUUCUUGGUGGAAGAGUCGAAGAGCUUUCCGAUCUUGCAGGAGAGGAAGAACAACCCCCUAGACUUAAUCCACAACGUGCUUGGAUUCAUGAUUACUCAGCAAUCUUGUAUCUGAUGUACACUGCAACUCUUGUAACCAUCUACUUACCAAUCAUAUCACUUCUUCAAUUGAAGUUUCAAAACCAACAAAAUUCUCCUUUUGAAACAAGUGGCCUCUUUAUGAACUUAUCAGUUCUUGCUUUAUGCAUAGCUACAGCCACUUCAGGAGUCCUGUUUUACAUAAACCAUCGGUUGCAAAACUCAACAAUGGAGGACUUCUCUCUUGUUCAUUACAUGAUCCUAAAAGGAGUGUUUUCCUUCUUUGGCAUCCUCACCCCUGUUUCCCUCGUCCUCGUCUUAAUCAUCCCUAACAAACUUGAUUGGAUUAGAUACGUAAUUAUAUGUGUACUCCUUGGGGUCGUAGCCAUAUCUAACUUCCGUGCCUUCCAGAAGUUAAAUGACAUGGAAGACGAGCUCAACAUGGACGGCUUGGAAGCUCAUCAAAUGGUCUAA